AAAUGGCAGGCUGUAGAAGAAACACACCUAACUGUUUAUGAUAAAUAUAUAAAUAAUAGACAUAAUUUGGUCUAACGUCUAUGGACUUGCCUUAAUACUCGCCUAUCAUUAACUAUUAUCUCUUUUCUCUCUUCUCUCAUUUUCCAACUCAAUCAUAAUCUUCAUUUUUAUCAUCACAAUCUUCAUAUUCUUAAUCUUCAUCGUCAUAAUAUUCAUCUUCAUCUUUAUAAUAAUCCUCAUUCUCUUUUCCACAUACCCUUUCAUUUCUUUUGCCUCAAUCUCUAUCAAUAUUCUUACCAAGAAUAAUUACUUAAUAAUACAUAUUUACAUAUUAUAGAUAUACAAGCCCCUGCGACGUUCCCUAAUGGCAUCGGAUAAGGGUAGACCGUUGCCAAAAUUUGGAGAAUGGGAUGUGAAUAACCCAGCCUCAGCCGAAGGAUUUACUGUCAUAUUUAGCAAAGCUAGAGAUGAAAAGAAAUCAAAUAAUAAUGGCAAUCCUUCUUCAACUAAUACAAUUCAAAGAAAUGAUCAAAAACCUCCUGGGGCAGACACUUAUGAUUAUCCCCCUACGAAGAAAUGGUUUUGUUGUUUCUAAUCAAAACCCAAAACAAUGAGAAAGGUGUUUGAUAUGAUAUAAUUCCAUUGAAAGCAGAGUAGAGCAGAGCAAGGAAUGAAUGAAUGAAUGAACCAACGAUCAUGUGUUUAUUUCUACUUACUAUUUUUACAUACUUGUUUUUUCCUUUGUAAUUUUAUGAUUAUUCCAUGCUUUAAACUCUUUGUUAUUUUACACAUAAUAUAUAUUGGGAAACCCUUCUCAUGUUUUCUUCUA